AUGGCGAGUCCGCAGGUGCAGUCUUUGGCGGGGACGUUGAUCAGAGAGGUGUGGAAGAGUAAUUUUGAGCAGGAGAUGCAUGUGCUGCGGGAGCUGGUUGAGCGGUAUAACUAUAUCUCACUGGACUCGGAAUUUCCUGGCAUUAUCGCGCGACCGAUAGGCUCUUUCAAGACAACUACAGAUUACCAUUACCAGACACUGCGAUGCAACGUCGAUCUGCUGCACGUUGUUCAGCUCGGCAUCACGUUUGCGGACGAGCAUGGGAACCACCCCGAGGGUCUUCCAAGUACAUGGCAGUUUAAUUUCAAAUUCAGUCUUCGGGAGGAAAUGUACUCUGCUGAUUCGAUUGACGUAAUGACAAAGUCAGGGAUUGAUUUCAAGAAGCACGAGGAGUUUGGGAUCGAGCCGUUUGCGUUUGCGGAGCUGUUUAUAAGUAGCGGAUUAGUGCUCGACGACUCGGUGAGGUGGAUCAGUUUCCACUCUGGGUACGAUUUCGGGUAUCUGAUUUCGAUGAUGACGAGCACGCCGCUGCCGGAAGAAGAAGACACAUUUUUGGAUCUGGUGCGGUUGUUCUUCCCCAGUCUUUACGACGUCAAGUAUAUGCUGCGAAGCGCGACGUCAAAGAGCGUCAAGGGCGGUCUGCAGGAGCUGGCGGACGAGCUGCGGGUGCCGCGGAUCGGACCCGCGCACCAGGCCGGAAGCGAGGCGUUGCUGACGAACUCGUGCUUCUUUGAGCUGCUCAAGUACACAUCAGAAGCGUCGGAGGAGUCGUAUGCGAACCAGAUCUGGGGCUUGGUGGCUUGA